AUGUCAGGAGCAGACUAUGUCGAUGGCUUGGGAUGCAACAAAGGGAUGAUUCAUGCCCUGGGUAAGACACAGCAGGACGACCUGCGACCGGUCUACAAGGCUCUGUCACGUCCAGUCGUUUCCCGAGGCCUAGAACGCGCCGACACGGGCUCCAGGCCACACAGUCAAGAACCCUGGUCCUUCCAACCUCGCGCACAGGGCGGCCUGAGGCUCCAGGCCGACACCUUUCAGCCGGGGCGUGAGAGCGCGGGUCGGAGACGCCGGGGCUGCAGAGAACGGAGGCUGACGCCGCGCGCCCCUGCCCAGCCUGCGGCGGACGCCACCGGGGGACUCGGAGCGACCCCGCCGGGAACUCCCUCGCGUACUGGGCCAGCCUCUUGGCCACCAUUCCCGACACGCCUUUCGCUUCAUGGCCCAAUUGCCAGAAAUCGCCGGAAUCCACUUCCGGUCCGUUCAAACGCGGUGGGCCCGGGAGGAGAGUCGGGGCUCCAGGACGUGGGGAGUGGUUUUCGGCCCGGGGACCUGGCCGGCAGCGCCCCCUUCAGUCUUUUCCUACGGGCGGAGGCGCGUUUGCGCCCUUGGGGAACCGUCUGGAAUCCUGCUUCCGGCGCGGAAGGUAAAACCGUUUGGCCUGGGGCGGCGCGGUUCGCUCCGCGGCGGGGAGCGCUGUGUGAACGGAAGUGGGGAGGGUCCGAGGGAGGCGGUAGCCGUGGACGCCCUGCUGCCCCCCGCUCGGGAAGCCGGGCGUCGGGGUUUCCUCAGCUCCCGCCCGUCUUUCUGCGCAGCCUCAUGGAGCCCGAGAGGGGAAGGACCGGGGCGCUCCUCCAGAAGGGCCGGAAGAGGAGGCGCGCCCCGGGCAAGCACGUCAGGGCGGCCGAGGCGCGGAGAGCCCGCUCGGAACCUGAGGAGAGGCGGCCCGGAGCCAAGGCUGUACCGUAUAAGGGAGAACACACCAUGAAGGGCUUUUCAGACUUUCUGGAAAGUCAAAUCAAGACCAGGCUUGAAGAUGAAGAUGAGCUAUGGUCUAUUGGACAAAGUGAAGUGAUAGAAGAGGAGGUAUUAGCUGAGGAAGAAGAGGUACCUUUUAUGCAGAAAGAGUUACCUGAGCAGAAGCUGCCUGAGCUGGAGAAUGGGACCAAGCCGGAAGAGCCAGCUGAACAGAAGGAAACAGCUCAGAAGGAGGAAAGGGUGGCUAAGCCAAAAGGACCUCCAAGACAAGAGAAGAAACCACGAGUCAAGGAAGAACUGUAGCUUCUCCAAAGCCAGGAGGGAAGGUGCCCAUUUUCCAGGUCCUGGCAUCAGUUUCUAAGUGGAGCUACUCCAAUAAAAUUAUAUAUCAU